UGUGGUGGGGGGGGGUCCCAGCUGCAGGAUGGAGGUGAAGGUGCAUGUGGACGGGGUUCCCCGGGUGGUCUGUGGGGUCACGGACAGCACCACCUGCCAGGAGGUGGUCAUCGCUCUGGCUCAAGCCCUCAGUCGCCCCGGACGCUACACCCUCCAGGAGAAGUUCAAGGACUUCGAGCGCUGCGUGGCCCCCGGAGAGCGGCUCCUGGAGGCCCUGCACAAGUACGGGGAGCACGGCAAGGAGGUGCAGCUCACCCUCCUCCUCAACCACAGACCCCCGCUCCUCUGGGACCCGGCGCCCGGCGGCAGACCCCCGGACCCCCAAGACCCGCCCGGCCCCCCGCUGAGACGGAGGAGACCCGACCCGCGGUCCGGGACCCGGAAGGGCGGCGGCCCGCUCGCCAGCUCCGCCCAUCGCCAGAGUCUGCCGGUGCUGACCCGGCUGCGGCAGGAAGAGGAAGAGGAGGGGCCUCUGGAGGAAGUCAAGAGGCCCAAGAGGAAGUCGUUGACGCUGAUGGACGCCUGGGGGUGGCUGGGGAGUCUGGGCCGCGGCCGGCUCCACUACUGCGUCAGCGACCCGGAGGGGAACAAGAUGACCGGGAAGGAGGGUACCGGCAACCUUCCGGAGGGCUCCGUCUGCUACGUUCCGGUUGCUUCCGGUUCCGUCGGGUCCCAGGAGGCCUCGGGCCAGGAGGGUUUCCUGAGCCGCGUCAGGAGGCGGAAGAGACAGAGCAGGGAGCGCCGAGCGUCCUGCUGCGGCACGGCCGAGAACGGCCCUGAUGAACCGCGCUUCAGGAAGUCAUUCCUAGGGGCCAAAGACCAGACCCUAGGGGCCAAAGACCAGACCCUAGGGGCCAAACACCAGACCCUAGGGGCCAAAGACCAGAACCCAGGGGCCAAACCCCAGACCCUAAGGGCCAAAGACCAGAACCCAGGGGCCAAAGACCAGACCCUAGGGGCCAAAGACCAGACCCUAGGGGCCAAAGACCAGACCCUAGGGGCCAAACACCAGAACCCAGGGGCCAAACACCAGACCCUAAAGGCUAAAGACCAGACCCCAGGGGCCAAUGACCAGACCCUAGGGGCCAAACACCAGAAUCUAGGGGCCAAACACCAGACCCCAGGGGCCAAAGACCAGACCCCAGGGGCCAAAGACCAGACCCUAGGGGCCAAAGACCAGAACCCAGGGGCCAAAGACGAGUCCCUAGUGGCCAAAGACGAGUCCCUAGGGGCCAAAGACCAGAACCCAGGGGCCAAAGACCAGAACCUAACGUCCAAAGACGGGGCCCUGGGGAGGGCGAGCAGGGCGGAAGAAGAGAAGAUCAAACUGAGAGAGCAAAUCACGUCUCAGGGCUCCCGACUGCGUGACCUCGACCUCCAGCUGUCGUCGGUGGACCGGCAGAUCCAGGAGCUGGAGGGCCAGCAGACGGAGAGACCGGCCCGGCCGGACAGCCGGCGGUCGUCCCAAGAACAGGAGGAGGAGGAGGAGGAGAGGGAGGAGGUGCUGUUCUGGGAGCAGCAGCUGCAGGCGGAGCUGGGCUUCGAGGGGGACAUCCAGACCCAGUUCCUGGAGCUGCGGGAGAAAGCCCGGCAGUGUAAGGCCGAACUAGAGGAGUACCGGUGCAGGAUGCAGCGGCUGGCCUUCACCGCUGGGGCGACACCGCCCGUCCAGAAGACAGUGGGGGAGGGGGAGGACCGCGGGACCCUGGGAAAAGGAGUCACCGAGAUCAGCCUCGCAGUGGAAACGUGUGAGGCGGCGGGCGGCAGAGAUACGGGCAGGAAGGAGACGCCCAGCCAGCCUCACGCUCCAGUGCCCCCAGAGCAGAUAAAGGAGAGGCGGCUGACCGGACCCACGGAGCUUGGGGAGUGGUGGAAGCGCUGGUCUGAGACCCAGAGCAAGGCAGCAGCGCCUCCAGCCCCAGUGCACCGCUCAGAGCUCACCAUCUACCUGGGCAGCGCCAAGGUUUAGAGUAGGGAUGCACCGAAAUGAAAAUUCUUGGCCGAAACCGAAACCGAAUAUACUGAAACAGUUGGCCGAAGGCCGAAACCGA